AUCGCAUCGACCAAGUGUGAGCGACACUUGUAACAAUGUAACACAAUUCUCGUAGACAAUGCAUCAACAUCAGCGCCCAUCCACAAGCAAAACGAAGAUCCCUAAUCGCGAUCUCCACGAGGACCAAAAUGUUAAUGUAAAUCAUCAUCGAUCCGCCACACUUCAACGUGAUGAGCCACUUCACGCACAUUCACCAACACGAGGCGAACAUUCAAAGUUUGACACGCUUUAGCUUUGUUAUUUGUGGAUGUAAU